GCAUUUCUCUCCAGAUCAAAUCAAAUCCACGAGACGAGAACAAAACCUGGUUCCGACCCAGCACGAGACACGACUCCUCCAUUCCAAAUCCAAAUCCAUCCAUUCCCCCUUUGCGUGUGGUGCGAGGCCCACCGAUCCCAUCCGAUCCGAUCCAUUUCGCGUCGCGUCUACCAGAGGGAUCACGACACACCCGCCGCCGGAGCCGGAAGAGAGAGAGAGAGAGAUGGACGCGUUCUACUCGACCUCCUCGUCGUCGUCGUCCUCGGGGCCGUACGGCGCGGCGGCGUACGGCGGCAGCGGCUGGGGCUACGACUCGCUCAAGAACUUCCGCCAGAUCAGCCCCGCCGUCCAGACCCACCUCAAGCUCGUUUACCUGACCCUCUGCGUGGCGCUGGCCUCGUCGGCGCUGGGCGCUUACCUGCACGUCGUCUGGAACAUCGGCGGGAUGCUGACCAUGCUCGGCUGCGUCGGCAGUAUCGCCUGGCUCUUCUCGGUGCCCGUCUACGAGGAGAGGAAGAGGUACGGACUGCUGAUGGCGGCUGCCCUCCUGGAAGGGGCUUCGGUUGGACCCCUCAUCAAGCUGGCCGUGGAAUUUGACCCAAGCAUCCUGGUGACAGCGUUUGUGGGAACUGCCAUUGCGUUCGCGUGCUUCUCUUGCGCGGCCGUGGUUGCCAAGCGCAGGGAGUACCUCUACCUGGGCGGGCUGCUCUCUUCGGGGCUCUCCAUCCUGCUCUGGCUGCAGUUCGCCGCCUCCAUCUUUGGCCACUCCACUAGCACCUUCAUGUUUGAGGUUUACUUUGGGCUGCUUAUCUUCCUGGGAUACAUGGUGUACGACACGCAGGAGAUCAUCGAGAGGGCGCACCACGGCGACAUGGACUACAUCAAGCACGCCCUCACCCUCUUCACCGACUUCGUGGCUGUCCUUGUCCGCAUCCUCGUCAUCAUGCUCAAGAACGCGGCUGACAAGUCGGAGGACAAGAAGAGGAAGAAGAGGUCGUGAGCGGUCUCACCUGUGCGUAAGUGCAACACUGAAGGAAGGAAAGGCACGGCGGGCUGCCUGCUGCUACUAGUAGUACAAUAUAUAUGAAUAUGAAUCGAAGCUCCUGCAUAUUAUAUAUAGGAGGAGUAACUGGGUGCUUGUGAUGGAACUGAAAGAAAGUGUUUCUUCGUUUUCUUGCUCUCUUAUUAGUCUGUUAGUUGUCCUGUAAAUUGAGUCUGGUAAGGUUUUGUUGCAUAAACGAUACGAGCGCUGCAACAAAUUGGAUCUGCUUGCCGGUGUUUUCCGGCCUGAAAACUCUGAAGAUGGAUGGAAUGCGAUUAAGAAUGUUGCCUUUGCACAGUCCAA